AUGUCCGAUCACGAACGGGUAGCGGGGAACUGGCGGUAUCUUAACCUCGACAGCGGCACCUUCCCUCUGAAGGAUGCCUGGACGAGCCACCAGCUGGCUCGUGCGGCUGACCAGGACCUUGAGCUGUUGGUCCACAAUCGUGGAUUGACAAAGCGUAAUGUGAUUCGGAUUCAAACCAUCCUGGAAAAGGCAAACGAGGACAACGCUGAGCUUACUACCGCUCAAGUGAAAGUGUAUCAACGAAGUGUCGAGAAUGCCAAUGCAGAGUUUACCAAACUUCAUCAGGAAAUCGUCGCCCAGAUUCUCCCUGUCGAACGCGAGGAGCAAGGCGAUAUCUAUUUUGGCUUCGUUGAGCUGUACGAAGAAGUAUCCAUGCUGCUUGAGAGCUGGUUAGAGAAAAUCAAUACACCACCAGCCCUUGAGCCACAGCCUGUCGGAAACCAGCAACCGCUGAUCCUCCAACCAUCCCUACCACGUGCCAUACCGACAUUCGACGGGAAGUAUGAGCAUUGGGAAAAAUUCAAAGUAAUGUUCAAAGACGUUGUAGACAGGUCUAAUGAGCCAGACCGUAUCAAGCUCUAUCAUCUAGAGAAAGCUCUAGUUGGCGACGCCGCCGGUCUAAUUGACGCCAAAACAAUCACAGACGGCAAUUAUGUGCGUGCUUGGCAAUUACUCGAGGAACGUUUUUCCGACAAACGACGGAUGAUCGACAGGCACCUAGCAAGCAUGCUAAGCGUGAGAAGACUCACCAAUGAAUCCUACAGUGAACUACGAGCAUUGGUGGAAACUUUCGAUGGUCACGUGGAGAACCUCAAAUUUCUGGGUCAGGACUUCGCCGAGAUAUCGGAGUACAUGGUGGUAUUUCUGAUUGCCCAAGCUUUGGACGAUGAAACCAAGAAGCUGUGGGAAUCAACCGUCAAGAAAGGAGAGUUACCUGAAUAUGCAGACACCAUACAUUUCUUGAAGGAACGUGUGUCUGUCCUGGAGAGAUGUCAAACAGCAAAUGACAGUCAGUACAAGCGACGACAACAAAUCAAGACAAAUCCAUUAAAGCAUCUCCCAGUGAAGAUAAAUACUGCCUUAUCGCCAACCCCAGUAGUACAACAUUGUAGCUUUUGUACCGAGAGCCAUUACACGUUCAAGUGCCCGGCAUUCAACGACUUAUUAGUCAGCCAAAGAAUCGCCAUCGUAAAGGAGAAGCGUAUCUGCUAUAACUGCCUCCGGCGAGGGCAUCGUGUCAAAGAUUGUGCGUCGAAGAAUUCCUGUAUCAAGUGCCAUCGAAGACACCACUCUUUGCUGCACAUGGAAGAGUCAAUACAGCCAACGAAGAUUAGCAACGAAGCGAAAGAAGCAACGCAGCAACCUGGUCCAGUUGUUCCAGCACAAGCAGCAGUUCCAGUUCCAUCGUGUCAAACAUCGACAAGCAGUGCAUUCACAAAUGCAGCCCAUUCACCAGUUCCAGUGCGACAAACGAAUCAAGUGUUCCUGCUCACCGCUGUAGUCGACAUUUUGGAUCAGCAUUCGAAGCCUCAUCAAUGCAGAGCCCUGCUGGAUAGUGGUUCUCAGGUCAGUUUCAUCACGGAAUUAUUGGCCAACGCAAUAGGAGUUCCAACAAGAGAGGUGAGUGUUCCCAUAACUGGUAUUGGUAGUGCUAAAUCCACAAUCAAGCAAAUUUGUGAAGUUCAAAUCCGCUCCAAAUGCAAUAACUUUAAGUUAUCCCUGUCCUGCCUUGUGUCGCCUAAAAUUACCGGUCUUCUACCUUCCUUCACAAUUGACAUUGGGUCUUGGAAUAUCCCAUCUGGUAUUCAACUUGCGGAUCCAAGCUUCCAUAAAGCAAACCAGAUCGAUAUGCUUAUUGGAAUGGAUCAUUUUUAUGACAUUAUUAAACCAGGCUACAUGAAGCUAUCGGAUGAUCUUCCCGGACUUCAUGAUUCCCAAUUAGGCUGGCUAGUAGGAGGUAACUAUCUUCAGAGUCAGAGUUCAGGUUUAGUUUUGAAAUCGUUGACUGCUUGUGCAGAGCCCGUCCACUACCCCUCAGCGUUGUUUUGGGAAAUUGAGAGUGUGAACACGGAGCUAGUGCCAACAACCAAGGAGAAAAACGACGAUGGGAACAAAAACAACAACAGCAGUACCGACACGACGUCUAUCCAACUAGCGAAGCAGCACCCGUCGCCGACGACGCGAGAGAGUGAGUGUCAGCAUAUCAUCGACGCGACGCCGCGGUGA